AUGCAAGAUAACAGUAGUUUGCCAAUUCAGAGCCCAUCCUCAACCCUCCCAUUAUCAGCUAUUACCCUUACAGUGGCGGAAUUCCUGCUCAACACCUAUACGAACCGGGUGAAUCCUCAGUAUCCCAUUUACCUUCCAGCAGACGUCCAGGAACCUUUCAAUGCGGUCUAUCAUCGAACGGUGGCUGACCGAUCUUUGCUUACCGAACCUUCUUCCUGCAAUACCUAUAUUGUCAGUCUGGUCAUGGCCAUUUCCCUUAGUACAGCUGCACGGCACAAACAGGCACAUGCUCAGUCGUUGGCAACUGGUUUGUUCAAGACUGCCGUCCAACACGUGCCUAAGAUGUGGUCGAACGACUUGUCUGGUUUGCAGGCGUUGCUGCUGGCUACGCAAUACGUGUUUCUGAACCCAGACGUGGCUAAUCUGACCCUCUUGACCGGGUUGGCAAGUGAAGCAUGUAUCGACAUGGGUCUCCACCAAGAACCUCCAUCUGAUUGUGUACUGAACGCUCAAGAGCGGGAAUUACGACGUCGAGUCUUUUGGUGUGCGUGGGAGAUGGAAGUGGCCGUCGCCGCCUGCGUUCGACGGGCCCCGAAAAUCCCGAACGACAUCAUCACCACCGCUCUGCCUUAUGGGCCUGGCGACCUCGCCGUAUCACCAGCUCUUUCCGAUAUGACGGACCAGUCACCGAAUUUCAUGAUUUCCGGCCGCAUAUGGGCCUAUAGAAGAUUGGAAAGCGAGAUCAUGAACGUACUGUACCGCAGCCCCACCCUCUCAAACGAUCCACUUUUACUUGAAGCCUGGAUUUGCGAAAUGGAGGACAAAAUCAGGGCGUGGCGGGAAGAAGUCAAUGUUGCUGCUGCUGACAGCCAGGAUGACUCGAAAAAGUCGCAGUGGGACGAGCUCAUUCUUUAUGCUCAGAUUGGCUAUCACUACGUUCUGGUCUGUCUUUUUGGACCUUGUCCACGAAUUCCAACACGAUCUAGGCCGGAUCUACUCAAGGCUUUCGCAGCAGCUGUUUGUGUUGCGUCAGGCUAUUACGAUCAAGCUAAUUCGGCAGGCGGCCACACAAAAUAUGUCUUUCAUUCGUGCUAUCACACCUUUUCUUCGGCCAUAGUCUUUCUUUAUACCUUGGAAACCUGCAAAGACGCCAUCUUCGAGUCUUACACAUUCACAGAAAUAGAAAACUUCCUCGAAUACUUUCCCAUGUUGUUCUCGACCAUGGCAGAACGCUGGCCAGCAGUCUCGCGGUGCUCACAGGAGUUUCAGCAGCGCCUCCAGCCGAUCAAAGACGAGUACACGACUUUCAUCUUCGAGCGCGCCAGCGAGCCUGAUUACGAGGCGCCUGGGCGGAACAGCUGGCCAACCGUGGAGGGCGAUGGCGAACAGGAGAAACUGGAUGACAAUUUCUACGAGAUACCGUACGAUUGGAAUGUUGAGUUUGGCUUUGGAAUCGACAACAUAUUCUCAAAUUAG